AUGAAAAAAGCUGCCACUGUUCUUCUUCGAGAACUUCUUGAUUUAUUAGCCACUGAACGAGCCAUUCUAGAUGAACUUCUUAAAGAUUCGUCGACUGCAAACGAUACUGCCGAAACAUUGUCGAAGCGAAAUACUCUCGACAACCAACAAUUAUUAUUCUUUAGAAGUGAACAUUCAAAGAAAGUCAACAUUCCUGUGGUCGGUUAUCGUGAUUUUGAUAAUCGCGAUGCACUGUUGAAUACUCUGAAAACCGCUGAAACAACUCAAAUGGAUGCAAUUCUUCGAUCGCAUGUUUCACUCAAAGAUAUUCACUUACAGACGAAUUCCUCGAAUGAGAUUGAAGCUGAAAGAUUAGUUUUGACAAAUACUGCUCUGGAAAAUGUUUCUAAAAUUCUCGAAGUGCUUGGCAAUCCUAUUCCGACUCUCUUAGAAGGUAGCACAGGCGUUGGAAAAAGUGCCAGUAUUAUCGAAGCUGCAAAGCAGUGUAAUCGACGACUUCUCCGUUUAAAUAUGUCAUCACGUAUAACAAUCGACGAUCUUCUGGGCAAAGUGAAAUUGAUUGCCAAUGAAAAAAACCCAUUCGAAUUCGAGAAAGGACAAUUUACACAAGCAUUUGAAAAUGGUUAUUGGAUUCUUCUCGAUGAACUGAAUUUAGCUCAAGAUACAGUACUACAAGCCAUAGAGUCAGCAUUAGACACGCGCCGUUUGAUUCUUCGUGAUUCAAGUUCGGCUGAACAAGCGAUUCUUAUUCUAUCGAUGCAUGAAAAUUUUCGAUUAUUCGCCACGCAAAAUCCGAGUAGUGGCUUUUUCAAAGGAAAACGAGAAAAGUUAUCCGCAUCCUUUUUGAGCCGCUUUCGACCUAUUACCUUUAAAGAGCUGCCUGAGCAUGAAUGGUGUGAAAUAGUCAGAAAUCGAUUGAAGAAAUAUAUUCCUGACGAAGCCGAAGCCUAUGCAGAACUGAUGGUAAACCGAUUUCACAUGAAAUUACGAGAAGAAUAUAAUCGUCCGGACAAAGCUUCGUUAGAAAUAGGCCCUUACACAGAGAUCACUAUUCGUGAAUUGCUCAAAUGGGUCGAUAUUUUCAUUUGGCAAAAAAACAACAGCUCCUGGCCAUCCGAUGCAAGCGAACGAUCUGCUCUGCUUAGCUUCAGCGCUUGGUGUAUAUAUGGUGCUCGAUGUCGUGAAUCAGGCAGAACCCUAAUAGAACGUCUGUUGACCGACAAAAGUAAAUGUGGAUGGGGUUUUCGAAGUUUGACAGAAAUUCAAAUAACAACAAAUCCAAAGGAAAAUCGGCUCAUGUUUGAUGAUGUAUCCUGUUCCAUUCCAGCAAAUAUUCGAAUUUUUAAUCCACAAAAAGAAUGGCAACGUAUUGUAGAUUCUCAGGAUCUAGACUGUCCAUCUUCUUUUAAUCAAUUGGCAUGGGAUUCUGCCAUCCAUGUUCACACGAAAAUUCAUCAAUCACUAUUCGAUCGAGAAUUCAUUCUAGCACAUGGCAUUUAUCGUGUUAACGUUACAUGGCUAUGGGAAUGGCUUAAAUCAGCUGUUCGUACUCAGUGUCUCGCUCACGAAAAGGAGUUUGCUGUAUAUGGUUGUCGCAUGUAUCAGAGUCGAUUUCGUCAUGAGAAAGCAAGAGGAAUCAUUCGUCAGUGUUUUAAAGAGGUAUUUCCACGUAUUGAUUUCACCACUAUUACAGUCGAGCCACUUUCUAUUCUUCCCGAAAUUCCUUAUGUAUUAACAAAUCGUGUCAUUGCUACCCUGAAACAGGUAUGUUUCAAUCAACGCACCAGACAACCAAUUCUUCUUACUGGUACUGAAGGUUGUGGUAAAUCAGAAUUGUUGCUGAUGUUAGCUUGGCUUUGUGAUCAAUCGAUCGAACAAUUGAAUAUCACUCCUGAAACAGAACCUUCUGCUCUGAUUGGGCAAAUCAUUCCAAAUGAUAGAGAAAAUGCCAAUGAUCCUAGAGAUCCAAAUAAUGGAAAAAAAUUAAUCUGGGAACAUGGUUGUGUGAGCAGAGCCUUUAUCGACGGUCAUUGGGUUCUACUAGACAAUCUAAACGUUGCUGAGUCUUCUGUGCUUGAACGACUGAAUCCAAUUCUUGAACAGAUCCCAGAUCUAACCUUAGCAGAAAAUUGUGAAACGGAUCGUCGACCUAUGCAUGAAAAUUAUCAACUCGUUGCAACAAUGACGCCACCAAACUCUCGACUACAAUCUUCUCAAGCUACUUCGAAUGAAUUAUCACCUGCACUGUACAAUCGCUUUGCGGUGGUGCAUAUGCCAGAUAUUUCGUUUCAAUUGAAUGAUCAAUCAUCAGAAUUAUUGGAGUUCAUUAAAAUCCUUCUCUCUGAUGAACCCGAAACGGAUCAUGCCUUAACUGUGCGAUUCUGCGGAAUGAUCUUACAAUGCUACAAAGAAAAUCCAAAAUGUUUUCCACAGCUAACAUUAAGAAAUUUUAUUCGACUGUUUGACAGUGCUUAUCGUUUUCGAAUGAAAUUUAAUUCUGAAUUGAAUUUUCGUUCCAGUCUUUGGACAGCCUAUCAAGUAACGAUUGCCAACCAAAUCAAAAAUGAAACUAUUCAGAAGCAACUGAGCGAAAAUAUUCAAAGCUUACUGACGAAUGAACGAAAAGCGGGUCAACUUCGUCAACCGAACUUUCUUGAAUGGAUGAAGAAAAAUGACAACUAUGUAUUGACACCGAGUCGGGAAGCCUAUGCUAAUGCCGUGCUAGGUGCUGUGGCUUGUAAUAUUCCUCUUCUACUCGAAGGUCCAGCUGCUGUUGGUAAAACAGCAUUGAUCGCAGAUUUGUGUGAAAAUCUCAAACCGCGAACCAUCAAUCCUUCUUCGGAUGGGCCGAUUAAGCUUGAAAGAGUAAACAAUUCGGAUACAACAACAGUACAAGAUUAUCUUGGCACCUAUUUACCAAUGAAUGAAUCAUUUGUUUUUCAAAAAGGUACUUUGUUUCGUGCAAUGGAGAAUGGAUGGUGGUUUCUAGCUGAUGAAUUCAAUCUUGCUGAUCCAUCAGUUAUGAGUAUGCUUUUUCCUUUACUAGAAGGAAAAAAUCAAAUCGUCAUUCCAUCUACUGGCAAAGUGAUCAUUGCGAAAGAAGGUUUUCAAUUUUUCGCUACUCAAAACGAUGCUUCUUAUGCCAAUCGACACGCUUUACCUGUAUCCUUGCGCAAUCGUUUUCUUGAAGUUCAGUUCGAUGAAUUUCCAAAAGAAGAACUAGCCGAAAUCAUUGCUCGACGCAAAGAUAAAAGCCAUCAGGAACCAAUCGAAAUGAAACGGGAGACAAGUGUCUAUUUAGCUAAAUUUUAUCACCAAGUGGUCGCAAGUCGUUUGCGGAUUACUUUUCGUGAGUUGGUGAAAUGGAUUCAUCGACAUGCAAUCUUCUCGCCAAAGAAGGAAAUUUGGCCAAUUAUUGGUGCAUCCUUAUUAGGAGCAAAAUAUCCUCUCAAAUCGCCGAUUCGAGAAGAAUUAUUCAACCUUUUCAAAAGUGUCUGGUCCAAUUCAACACCUUCGAUUGAAUCGACUGCUCAAAUCAAACAAAUUGGAGACGCUGUUCAGAUAUCGGAAGGAGCGUUAAAUCAUACAAUUCCAAAUAUGAAAUUAGAUGGAAGUUGUGUCCUAACAGCACCAGAACCGUUUCAGCGCGCUCUAGUUCGGCUAGCAUUUGCGGCCCAAGCACACGAGCCAGUACUUCUUGUAGGACCGACCUCAUGUAAAACACUUCUCAUCGAAACGUGGGCUCAUCUGAUUCAACGAUCAUCUGAUCUCAUCAAAGUUCAUUUGACACAGGAUACCGAAGCCGGUGAUCUCAUCGGUGAAAUUCAACCAUCUUCAUUUCUGGAUUUACUCAAACGUUUGCCGGCAAUGAUUGAACAAGUGUGCCGUCGAUUCGAAAUACUUUGUCAAGAAAAAUACAACACGAACAUAUCAGAUCAUGACGAGAUCUUUCUGGCUGAAAUUCGUCAAAACGACAUUCCCAUUCUCACUCGAUUCAUAGAACAAUUCGAAUCGGCUUAUUCUCAAGAACAAGAAUUCCUUGCUCAAAAGGAGGAAAAUCAAGCAAAUUUGGAUGCUAUAGUGGCACAAACCUAUGCACUGCACAGACAAGCAACUAUCGAUACUAUAAAAAUCCCCGAUCAAGAAAUCAUCCUUGAAUAUCCUCGUGAUGAUCCUCAACUAACACCUCUUCCUACAGAUUACGACGAUGAUGGUGUACCGGAAUACGAUAACGAUUAUCAGCCGACGGGUUAUCUCUCAUCGAACUUUCAGUCAUCUUCGUCAAGCGAUCGCAUUUAUCACCACACGAUCUCGAUUUCUGAUCAUGAUGACGCGACAUAUGAUCUGGAUGAUGACGGAAUGUUUUUGUCAAAUUCGGCAAUGGAAUCAACGAUUUCAACGAUGCAAACAACAACUUGUGAAUUGAAUGAUGGAAUGGACGAAUCGACGGCUGUGACUGAUUCCGCUGAAGCAUACGAAUUAAAUGAUGGUAUGGACGACACAAUCCAAGACUCAACAGACGGCUACCUACCAGAUGAUGGAAUGGAAGAAAGUUCUACCAACGACACAUCUGAAAUGGCCGGUGAACAUGUAGAGAGCGAAAAUAAUCUUGAUAACGGACAGUCUCAACCGGCAACCACCAAGCACUAUCAAUCCAAACGAAAAAUUCAAUAUCCUCAGGAACUACUUGAUGUAAUGAUGAAAAUUCUGAACGACUUUCAAAUGAAAUUUACACCAGAUGAUGAAGUUUGUGCGGACAAGACACUGCAAGAUUAUUACAGAAAAUUGAAGAAAACGUGGCAAACUCUGACAGCCAAUGAUUUAAAUCAUACAAAACCCAUCUUUAUAUUCAAAGACGGACCAGUGACGACGGCAGCUAAACGAGGAUGUAUUCUGGUUCUGGAAGAUCUCGAUUUGUCAAGUCAAGCAGUCAUCGAACGAUUGAAUUCAAUGCUUGAACCAAGUCCAACCUUUGCGCUCACUGAAGAUAUCACUUGUCAAACAGAUCAAGGUCAAUUAGAUGUCGUCUUAUCAAAUCAGUUUCAAAUCUUUGCCACUGUUCAUCAGGAUCAAAUUCAUCAAGUUCUCCGCUUGAGUCCAGCUACUCGGUCACGAUUCACUGAAAUUUAUGUUAACGGGUAUUCUGAUGAUGAUCUAAGAAAAUUAGCGGAAAUUGAACUUGUUAAACUAGAUACGAGUUUAGAAUCAGUGAAAUCCUUGAUUAAAAUGAUGUUCUCAUUGAGAGAAAUAGUCGUAACAGACCCCGAAUGGAAAAUGAAGGUUGAUAUUCGAUUGCUCUUCCGUUGGACGGAUUUUAUUCUUCAUCAUCCUUCGGCUAUUUCAGUCGAACAACGGAUGUUUCUUGGUGCACGCUUCUUUUAUUUUGAUCAACUACCGAUGCUGCGACAUAUUUCUUUAUUUGAACAAUGGUUGAAAACGAUGCCAUCAUCCACAAACACAUACGAAGCAUACAAACACAUAUUUGAACCACCCAAUGAUUCUCAUGGAACAGCCAGUUUGAAAAUACGGAAUCUUGAUGAUCGAACAAUUUAUUUUCCAUUCAUACUGGGGAAAGAUUACAUUGGUCUUCGUUAUACCGGUGUUAUGUGUCGAUACCAAUUCGAAACAGAAGAAGAUGAAUCACAGAAACUAGAAGCAUUGAAAAGUCGAUUUCUAUCAGUUCCAACAGCGACAUUUCUCAAUCAAAUGGCACGAAUCUUUGCUGCAACAGCAUCUAAAACGCCGCUUCUUCUCGAAGGUCCACCAGGUAUUGGAAAAACUCAUGUUGUCAAGCAAGUUUGUGGGUUAUUGAAUAAAGAAUAUGAAAGAAUCAAUAUGUCGGCCAAUACCACAUUGGACCAAUUAAUUGGUUGUAUUAUUCCUCGAGUUAUCAAUGGUGUUCGAACCUUUCAAUGGCAGCAAGGACUUGUUCUUUCUGCUAUUCGUGCUAAAAAAUGGAUUCUAUUGGAUGAACUCAAUUUAGCAUCACCAGAAGUUCUCGAGGGUUUGACACCUUUAUUUUAUCGCGGUGUUACACAAUAUAUGAUACCAAACAGUGGUGAACUAGUCGAUAUGAAAGACGUGCUGAUCUUUGCCACAAUGAAUCCAUCUACCAUUUGUGGUGGUCGAACGAAACUUCCACGCUCCAUCAGUAAUCUCUUCACCAUUGUUCAACUCGAAGAAUAUUCGACUGAAGAAUUGCGUUUGAUUCUCAAUGGAGAAUUUACCCGUGAACUUGCGCAAGGAAAAAUAAACAUGGACCAUCUGGAUGCAGUCUUCGCUAUGCAUAUGUUUUUGAAAAAAAUGGUGGAUGACGGACAAUUGGGUCGAGUUGGUGGGCCGUACGAAUUAAAUCUACGUGAUUUGGCCAAAUUUCACGAUGUUUUUCAACAUUCCAUUGAUAGUCAAAUAUCUCAUUAUCGUUAUUUCAACGUUACCGAUGAUUCAACGGAGACGAAGUCUGAUCAGAAAGCAGCUGCUUUCGGUAAUAAUCAUAGCAUUCCAAGUCAAUCAAUGAUUGAUGAUUCUGAUCCUCGAAUUUUACCCAUUCGUAAAUUUGCUCAAGUUGUUUAUGCUUGUCAAUUUCAAGGUGAAGAAGAUUUUCAUCAAGUCUGCAACAUCAUUAAGAAUCAGUUUCCCAUCAAUAAAACGUUGGAAAAACGUGAAGACGAUUCAACGAUUGAUGAUACGGUUGCUUCCAUCGUUCGUAUUGGAUCGGUUUACAUCAACAAAGGUUCGCUGCUUUCAUCAAAUAACGACAUUGAAUUGAUUCAUACAAAGAAAACCAUUCGUCAACUAGAAUUAUUAGCCAGUGCAUGCCAAUCGAAACGAGCGAUCUUGUUAGAAGGAGGAAUCUGUUCAAGAAAGAGCACAUUAGUGAUGGAAUUGGCGCGUUUAACUCGUAAUCGUCUGUUAAUUCUUCCUCUCCAUGAAAAUUUUGAAACGGCUGAUUUGAUUGGAUCGUGGUUACCGACAACAAAAUUAGCUCGAGAAAAUCCAAUUUUCGCUCGAAUCGAUCAAAUGUACAAACAACUAACGAAAUUUCUUUUACUACUGAUCAUGCCAUCAUUGCCUGAAGAGAACAAAACAAAAUUUGUUGAUUUCAAAAAUAUUCUGCAAUGUCGAACAUCAAUCAAAGAAAAACAACGAAUGGAAUUGCUCGAAGAAGAAGUGAAUGGAUUGCAGAAAACGGUCGAUCUUCUCGAUCAUAUUUCUCAAAUUGCAACCAUCAGCAAAGAAUUGAAACUUCAUUUAUUAUCAUUCAUCACUCAAUUAUAUUAUUUUCAAGAGAAAUUAGGCGAACUUCGAGGAAACAUGUUGGGUAAUCAAGAAAAAAUCGCUUUUGAAUUUGUUGAAUCCGAAUUUGUCCGAGCCAUUCGAGAAGGUUGGUGGGUUCUAUUAGAUAAUGUCAAUAGUGCACCAUCCGAAGUGAUUGAACGAUUGAAUUCUUUAAUGGAAGAAAACCCGAUGUUAACUUUGUAUGAAAAUUCCGAAGGAAAAAAACUUGAGAGAGGCGCUGGAAUUCAUGAGAAUUUUCGUUUAUUUGCCACAGCUAAUAUCAAUCGUGUCUAUUCCAAUCGAUUAUCUUCGGCUUUCCUCAAUCGAGUCAUUCGUAUUUGGUUACCAAUGAUCGAUGAUGUUGAUCUCAAACGAGAUUUACGUGAAAGUGAUCUUUACGAGUUAGUCUCUCAACAGCUGAGUCAAAUUCCAGCCGGAAAACAAUUAGCACAUCUGCUCGUUUUAACACACAUUACUGUGAAGACUGCCGUUCAAGAAAAUCGAUUGAAAUAUCCAACGGAUUUCUCGAUCACUUAUCGUUUACUUGAACAAUCUGUUCAAACCAUGCUCUCCUUAAUUGAACGUUCAAUUCAUCCAGUUGAUGCUUGUUAUUGGUCAAUUCUACGUUCGUAUUGUUCGUCGUUGGAAAAUGAUGAACAAUAUCGAUCCUUUGUUCAUCAAUUACAACGAACAAUCAAAGAAGUGAAUCUCACUCAAUCAACGACAAUUUUUUCUUCACCAUCCGAUGAACUUGAUCGACAAAAACCAAUUUGGUAUCAACAAUCCCAAAUGAUUCGAUCAGCGAUGGUUCAAUUCGAAGAAUAUUUUCUUGAAUUCAUCUUCACUGCUAUUCAUAUUGUUCUUCAAGAUCAAACAUUUCUCAAAAAUGCGGUUGAUCUUCUCAAAUUGUUCAUCGAUCAUCUUCUCAUUCCACUGCAACCCAAUGAUAUCCUCUUAGUGCAAAUCAAACAAAAUCUUUUCAAUCAAACACCAACAUCAGAAGAAUUCCCUCGAAUUUUAACUGAACUUAGUCAGAAACACAAUUUAACGAUGCGAUUCAAUUUGAGCGAAGUGAAGAGUGUCACCUAUUCGAUCGAUCAAUUAAUCAACGAUCUAAAGACUUUAUUUCGAUCGAUUUUCGAACAAUUAAAUGAAGAUUUAGAAAAAUUCAUUGCAAAUACAUCUUUGAAAGAUCAUUCUGAACGAUUAGACUUUCUUCGUCGUGUUACGUCAAUCAUUGAGACUUUCGAAAGAUUCUUUAGUGAUCCAAUCUUUGUGAGUUUUGAUAGUCAAACAUCUCUAUUUCAAUUCAGUUCUCAAUCACUUCAAAUCAUUCGACCCUUAUUGAAAUUGAAAAACAAAUCUCGAUCAUUUGAAUUAUUUGAAGAUGCGGCAUUUCUUGAUGUGAAAGAAAAAUUUCGAAAUCAUCUCUAUCAACAUUUCGAUGCCAGUCUGAUUUGGUCAUUUGAACGUGUUCAAAAUGAUCCCAUUCGAUCAUCUCGAAAAGAUCUUCGCCAACUCGUUUCAUAUAUGGUCAAAGGUGAUCGACCAAGAGCCAUUGUCAGUCCUAUCGAACAUUAUGCCACUAUUUUGGAAUGGAUCAGUUUACAAUGGACAUUGGAUGAUUAUUUACUCGAUUCUGUUCGACAUGUCUUACAACGCAAUGUCACUUUAUCUGUCGAAUUCAUUGAAGAGUGCGAAUUAAAAUCGUCGUGCAUGGAAUUAAUUUAUCAAUUGAGUAAACUGUUGGUCGAAAUGGUCAAAGGACUCCCCGCUGAAUCAACUUCUGUGAACACAAAAUUUCAGCAAGCCGAACUAAAUUUGACAGCUAAAGAGAAAGAACUAGGAAAAAAACGAGAAGAACUAAAGAAAUUCGAAGAACAUCUCGCACGAAAUGCAAAAAUUCAAACGUCACAACCAAGACCUCGACCACCCAUGAUACGUGAAGCAUCCGUUUUUCAUCCGGACGGUCUUCAUUCUCCUAGUGAACACGACGGACUAGGAGCUGCAGUCAAUCAAUUAGAACUAAUGGUGAAAAGUGCCAAAGAAGAAUUGAACCAACGUCAAAUAGAACGUGAAAAAGUCAUUGAGAGAGCGAUUGCUGCCCGUCAAAAACUUGAAGAAGGACUGGAAAAACUGCUCAAAAGUGCAGCUUAUCAAUAUAUCCAACAUCGAUUCAUCCAACCAAAUAAUAAACAUUUUCAAAUCUUUUUUCAAGCGUUGAGUCAAGCACGAUUAAAUCCUUCAUUAGUCAAUUCAGAUCAUCUCUUAGAUUUUCGUGCUGUUUUAGGAACAUCAUUUGGACAACAAUGGUUAGAAAAUGCCCAUCUCUUUGACACACCAUUAACCUAUUUUCUUUGUGGUUUUUAUUUUCUUCCUGAUUUUCCAUCGAAUCUGAAUUUUCAAAUUCUUUCCAAUUGGAAUCAAUUCGAAGAUCAAAUCGAUCUACGUCGUUGUUCAUCGGAUGUGUGGAUCUUUCUUUGUCCAAACAAAGAAGAUGGUCAAUGUUGUCUGUUAAACAUUGAAAAUGACGUUCGAUCUUGCGUUGUUCAUUGUUGGACUUUAGAAGGUUCCUUAAUCAAUGAUGAAUUAGAGAAGAUUCUCGAAAAAUUGUUUUCAAAGACUUUCACUUAUCGAAUCGAUCAACAUCAAUUACCUUCAGUUGACAAUGUCACAUUGGAUCAUAGUCUUCACAAAUUUGCCUUAGCUUCUCUCGUUCAUUUUCGACGAUUUUUAGACGCAUCGAAUACGUGGACAACGGAAAUUUCUCACCGAACCAAAUUGAUUUUCGAUCAAUUGAAAGAUUUUCUCGAUCGACAUCAACUGCAACAACAACCAUUAAUCUUCUAUUAUCAACAUAUCAAUCGAUUUGUCGAAAAACUUCGAUCAUUGAGAACUAGCUCGACUUCCAACGAUCCUUGGCAAAACAACAUUGAACAGAUGUGGACACUUUUGAAAGAAUAUGAACCGCGAUUUUCUAGUGCAGAAGCACAAAAUAUCGAAGAACAAUUGAAAUGUAGUCUGGAAUCGGUUAAACCAGAAGAUCUCAAGUCUCAAUUGAUUUUAUUAGGAGAAUUAGAAACGAUGAAAACAUUUAGUUGUAUUGCAACGAUUAAGAGAUACAUUUCGGCAGGAAUGAAACAAAUAUCAGAGAAUUGUGUUCAACAAUUUCAGUUGUUCUUCGAUUUUAUUCGAAAAAUCGAUCUUUUAUUGAAAUUAAUCAUUCAAAAUCUUUUCCAUUUUGCUGAUCAAUUUUCCAAAGAAUUGUUCGAACACACACCAACAAUGAUUGCGUUUUUUGAAGAAAUUUUUCGAUCAACAUUGAAGGUGAUUGAGAUCGAAAACGAUCAUUUACACAUUCGUGUUCGACAAAAGAAAGAAACUUUUGAAAAUUGGCAAAAACAACUCAAUGAUUAUCUCAAUCAAAUGAAUUUUCCUUCAAUAUUUUUAAAGAAAUACCAUUUAAUGCAGCUCAUCAGCAAUCUUGCUGCGCUUUUUUCUGAAAACCCAGCAAUCAAUGCAACAAACCAUAUAAGAAGAACAAGUUCAGCAGGAAAGAUUGAUCUUCGAGAAGGUCGAAAACAAGUGCGUCAACAUCAAGCUGAUAAAAUGAUUAGUAAUCUCAAUGAACAAUUAUCACAGGCAAAUCGAAUGAUUUUGCGACCCCAUCAUCUCAUUGAACAUCUUCAUACUAUUUUACAAAAAUUACGAACAUUUGAUCCUGAUGAUGAUAAUGAAACAACAUUGAAAUGGCUUCAACGAGAAGAAACACGAAUAAUGACGAAAUUGAAAGAAUUCGAACAGGAAAUCAAAGACUACACAACAUUACAAAUGAAUUUGCCACAAGAUGGAGAAAUUCCAUCGAUUGAUAAAGAUCAAUUAAGUCAGAAAGUUUCGUCUGAACAAACACUAGGACAUCAUUUGAAACAUUUCGUUCAAAACAUCAAUAAAUGUGAACAAGCAAGUCAAUUGACUGAUCUGAAUCACAUGAUUCGUUUGACUCAUGCUCAAGUAUCCGAUCAAACUUGGUUACACACGAUCAAUUUAUUGGGAAAAGAUCCGAAAAAUGAGAAACUUUCUCAGUUUUUAAUGUUUUUUCGAGAUGAUUUAGCGAUGGAACUUCAAGACGAUCCAACAAAAACGGAUCAAAUUAUUUUAGCUUACAGUCAAUUUCGUUGUGGUUUAUUGAUUGAAGAAGCUCGACAAAAUAUGUUGAUCAAUUACGAAACGAUUGCCAAUCUAUUGAAAUCGCUCAAUGAAUGGAUGAAAAAGAGUCAAUUGAAUGUCUUUAAUUUAAUUGAAACCAUCAAAAACAUUGGUGAUAAUUUAAAUCGAUUGCGAAGUCAAAUGAGAAAUUUUCGGAUCGAUGCAAUUUGUAAUGUUUUACCGAUUGACCUUCGACCAGAAGAUAUCUUUUCCCUUCUCAUUCCUGAAUAUACAUCCCAUGUUCGACUAUGUUCGGAAAAAUUCGAUCAAAUUGGUCAAAAACUUUCUCAACGAGUCAAUCAAGUCGAGUCGAUUAUUUUCCCUAGUAAUGAUCCCAUGACCAAAGUACAUUUUGGUUUAGCCAGUUUUCAGUAUCGAGAUGGUGAUGAUCCAACGAAAACUCAAGCGAUCUUCGAUGAUCGAAAAUGUAUUCGUGACAUUGCCAAUGGACUAACACAAGUGAUCACCGAUCUUUUGAAUAUGUGUCUUGAAACAUCGGUUGAACGGGGUGUUCUGAUGCAAAGUGCAUCCAGUAUCAAAGAAUUGUUUCCCAUUCAUUUGGCUUUAGCUUUGAUUUUAAUGAUUUUCCUCGAUCAAGCCACGAAAAACUUUGAAGAUUUUUCUGAACAUCUUAGUCGAUUAGGAAUCAAUACACUGAAAAAAGAAGAAGAGGAAUUGAAAAAUUUGAAAUAUUUAAUCAAUGAUCGUGAGAAAGAAAUAGCCCAAAUCAACACGGAACUUAAUCGAGUGAAAGAAGAACAACGCAGCGCACAACGUGAUUAUGACAAUGUUCAAUAUCGAUAUAUGAAAUCAACGAAAGAACAAAUUUUGAAUGAAUGUGUUCAACGAAAACGAGGAAUUGAAAACAAACAAAAAGCAAAAGAAAGCGAACUUUCAGAAGUCAAGGAGAAUUUCGAGAAAAAAGAAACUCGUUACAAAGAACGUCGAGAACAAGAACAACAGCGAUGGUUUGAAAUUUUGCAGAUUAUCUUCCAAGAUAUGAACAAAUCUGUUCAGAAAUGUUUAGCACAAUUUGUCACAGAUCACAACGAUUUGACUACAACAUUAAAAGGCAUCGUCAAUUUAUCUCGAGAACAAUUGAUCACAACAAAUGAACUUUCCGUUGAUCUCAAUGUCUUAGAAACGAUCAGAAAUGGAAUCGUUCAAUUAUUGAAAAAACUCGACGAACAUGGAAAAUCAUUGACAGACAAAGAUCCAAUGCGAUGUUUCAUUCAUUAUUACAUUGAUGUGAUGCAUAUUGCUCUUCAAAGUUUAUCGCAAUCCGUUUCGAAUUGGAAAAUCUUUUCCGAAAAAUUACGAUCCGAUUCUAUUCGAGUUUAUGCAGAAAAAAAUCACAAACCACUCAUUCAUCAAUUGACCAAUGCGACCUAUGACGAAUGUCGUCGUUUCUUAAAUCAAGUUCGUUCAGGUUUUGAUCAGAACGAAAUUCUUAAACUUGCUCAACAGAUCGGAAAUGAUGUUCAUCAGAAAAUCAAAUCUUUAAACAUUCUUUUUAGCGGAGAAUUUAGUGAACAAAUGGAAGAUUUAUUAUUCGAUUUUGAACGAUUUAUUGGCAAUUUCUUAGUGAUUGGAUGUCGUUAUUCUCAGUUUCAACGUGGAAAUCGAGAGGCUCUACAUGACAUUUUGAUCAACAUGACCAAUAAUGAAAUCGAUCGAGAUUUACCACGAAAUGAAAUCGAUCUCAGAUAUCGAACAAAUUUUAGUUCAAAAAAAUAUUAUUUUGAAUAA